AUUGCCUCGGCUCCAGCUGCCAUGAUGCGCAAUAACUGUUUAAGAAAAACAGUUGAAUUUUAUUUCUAAAUUGUCAAAAACGACAAAAUGGAACUCCAAGGUAACACAGAAUUAGCCAAGAAGAUCGCAGACUUGCCUAGGUCGUGUAUUAAGAAGAUGAAGAAACAGAUAACAGUGCUCGUCCACCCUAUGUAUUCCGUGGAGUGGAAGAAAGGUGUAUUCAUAGAGCUGAACGCCUUAUUUAAACGUUACUCUAAGGUACUUGGAGGAAUAGCCGUGGCAUACGAAAAUGUGCAGCGCGUAUUAUCUCAUGGUUGGCUGUUCGACACUAAUCCAUUUAACCAUAUCACUGUUAGUGCUGAGUUUUACGUGUUUGCUCCAGAAAUUGGUAGUGUUUUGGAAGGUGUUGUGCAGAAAAAAACUGUGAAUCACCUUAGCUGCUUGGUCCAUGGAAUGUUUAAUGUUUCUGUAUCCAAACCCUUGGAAACAUCUGUCAUUUCUUGGUGUGGCACCUAUGUAGAAGAAGGAGAUGAGGUUAAACUCACUGUCACAUAUCUUUGUGUGGCAAACUUCAUGCCAUACAUCAAGGGUGAACUUGACCCUGAAUGUGUUCAGGAGCUGAUAAACUUAAGAAAUCAAAGAGAAGCUGAUGUGGCUACGGGUGAUACCCCAAAACAGAAUACUAGAAUUAUCUUUGAUGAUGACAGUGGCAUAAGCAGUAAUGGACUAGAUGAGUCAUUAGUUAGGAGUGAUAAGGAAACGAACUUGACCGAAAGCCCAAUCAUCUCUCAAGCUCCUGAAGAUGAUAUUGCUAUAGGUGAAGUAAAGAGUGUGGAAAAAGUGAAACGCAAGAAACGAAAGAGAUCAGAAGAGAAUUUGAAUGGCAUUGAAAUGGAGGAAAUGAAUGAUGUUAAACACAAGAAAAGGAAAAGGAGACACGAUGAAGUAGAAAAUAUUGAUAUAAGUGAUAAAGUAAAAGACAGAUUACAUAAAAAGAUAGAAAACAGACAAAGUAUGGAUGGAUAUAUGAAUGAAAACUCAGAUCUGGAUGUUUCUGUAGAGAGGAAUAAUGCUAAUGAUGAUGUCAAUAAACCAUCUGUAUCGGAAGUAAAUGAUGGUAAUCUGAAGAAAAGGAAAAGUAAGAAUCCAUCUUUAUUAAACAGUAACAAAGAAACAGGAUUCAUAAUUCAUAAUUCCAUAGAUGAAGUAAAAGGUAUGGAAAAAGUGAAAAGUAAAAAACGAAAGAGAUCAGAAGAGAAUUUGAGUGGCAGUCAAAUAGAGGAUGUGGAUAAUGUUAAACACAAGAAAAAGAAAAGAAGAAAGAAAGAUAAUGAAGUGGAAAAUAGUGAUUUAAUUAAUUAAGUAAACG